UCUUGCCUUACAUUAAAAACGUAUCAACGAUAGAUCGUUUCAGUGAAUAUUUAGUUUACAUUUUUAGUCAUUGACAAAUCGUUAAGAUUUGAUAUGUUAAUAGGAAUUCAAAUCGAACUCAUGAAACAAACGAUGCCAUUUGUCAAACGAUCAUCUAAGUCGGUUUAGAUAUAUAUAAUAUAUAUAUACAUAUGUAUUGACGAUUAAAUGAAAAUUAAUUUCAUCGGAGGUACUAUAUCUAUAUAUGGUAUACGAUAUACGUAUACCAUAGUCAUACAUGUGCAUGCAUAGUAAUACAUUUAUCGAAGGUUCAAACGAUAUAUUCCGCUUUAAUGUUGAAGCAAAGCAAUUUUUCUAUACGUAAUAUCGAUAUGACGAGAUGGAAAACAUUUGUUAAAGAAUCUCAUGAUAUUCCUAACGAAUUGCCAGAAAGAAUCGAAUAUCGAUUAGGAUUCGAAGGAAGCGAAGCAAGAAAAGCUUAUGAAGAAAUUCUAAAUGAAGAAAGUAAUGCAAUAUUUUCAACGGAGGGGGGGGAACUGAAAAACUGUAAACAGAAGAGGCUUGUCAUCCAAAAAACUAUGGCAGUAAAGGCAAUCGUUUCCAAUGAAAAAAUGAAAAAGAAACAGUGUGCAGAAGAACAGGUGUCGAUCAAUGCUAUAUUGAAAGCGAUUGAACAAAAGGACCUACAAUUCUUGUUGAAACAUGUAACGCAAGAAAAUGUUAAUUUAACAGAUGAUUUUGGUUGGACACCUUUAAUGUCAGCUGCCUAUUGCGGACACCUGGACAUCAUAGAAUUUCUCCUAAGUUUGGGAGCUAGUAAGGAAGCGAGGGAAAAAUCUGGACUUACUGCUGCACAACUGGCAUUGAAAAAAAAUUAUCUAACUAUAGUCGCUUUACUAAAAAAGAAAACAGAAUGCAGAGGUAGUCAAAUUUCUCAAAACGUACAAACCAAUAAUCCAAGAACAAAUCUUGAUACUUCAUCGCAUACAAAGUUGGAUUUAAUAGAACAGUCCUUAACAAAUUGUAACGACACCAUGCUCGAUAUUAGAGAUAAUAUUAAUUGUCAAUUGGAAGAGAAUUCAGGGUUUUAUUGUGAUAUUUGCAAAGUAAAUUUCCAUUGUACAGCUUGGGAAAAGCAUGAAACAUCUGUACUUCAUUUAUUUAAUAUGAAACCAAAACUGUCAAAUGCUAUGUAUGGUAUAUCGAAACAAAACAAAGGUUAUCAAAUGCUUUUAAACACUGGAUGGGAUGAACAAGUCGGUCUUGGUCCAUUGGGGAAAGGAAUAAAAUAUCCUAUUAAAACUUGUCUAAAAAAUGAUAGGAAAGGAUUAGGUCAAUCGAGUGAAAAAGAAUACAGAGUCACUCAUUUCAAAUCCGGAGAUCCAGCAUUAAUUAAUGAUACUAAAUCUUCCAAACAGAAAUGUUUAAAGAAGAAAGAUAGGGAAAAAUUAUUAAAUAGAGAAGUUAGGAAGGAAAGAGUAUUGCGUAUUGCUUUAUCUUAAACCAACACAUA